ACCAAACCCUGAUUAUCGAGUUUUGUGAGAUCUGCGAAACCAAAAAAAAUACUGGAGAUCUCUUUCUCUCCCACCCCACAACAGAGAAACAGAGAAGCAGAAAUCAGUUCCGGAGACGAAUCCCUUCGCGAAUCUUCGUAUCUUCCUUCUACCUUCCCCCCAUGAGGAUCCGCAAGAACGCCAAGCUCUGUGGUGGUGUUGCUUCUGCUGGUGGUUCGGUCCUGUUCGGUCUCGACGACAACUUUCAGACCCACGUGUGUCAGCUGAACCAGUCGCCAUGGGAUGUGAUCCCCUUCGGCUCAGACUCGCCCCUCCAGUUCGACGGAGAAGAAGAUAGCUUUACUGGGAAUGGAAGUCGUGGUGAUUCUGUUGGAGCCGUUGAGAGCGUCGCGUCAAUGAUGGACGCCGACGAUCAGACGAAGCCGUUUCCCAAGAUAGAGGAUAUGGCCGUCGUCGUGCACGAUAACGAAGCGAAGGUGCUCGAAGAUAUUGAUGAGGGAAGAAUCGCAGACGAAACGACCUCGUUUUGCCUGAAAACCGACGGGAAGAAUUGGCAUUGUAAGAACGAAGCUAAACAAGGUCAAUCAUUCUGUGAGCAUCACUUGUCUUUGCUUAGGUCAUACAAUAACAAUAAUAGCGUUAGUUAUAAUCAUAACAACACCUCAUCUUCAAAGAAAGCGGCCGCUGCCGCAGCUGCUGCUGCAGUCGCCUCCGCCGCCGGAGCACGGCGCGGGAAAGCACGUGCCGCGAAGAGAGCUUCUUCUUCUUCUUCUUCUUCGGCUGCUUCGAACCCAUAUGAAUUCUAUUACUAUUCUGGGUUUGGUCCGUUGUGGGGGAAGAGAAGAGGCGAUAGGAAUGGAGAAGGAAGCAAUAAUCAUAGGAGCAAGAACGAGCAACUCAAGGGGGUUGAGAAUUCGACGAUAACGGAAGCCGAAGAAGCGAACGAGGAAACCACCCAGAACACAUCAUCGCCUUCUCGUUCGUCUUCAUCGUCGCAGAUGGAUAACGAGGAAUUCGAUUACGGGAUGGACGAUGACGAGGAGGACGAAGAGGACGAGGAAGAAGGCGCGAAUGGAGAUAGCGGGAAGAAGCGAAUGAGGAAGCCAGUGAAAGCGAGGUCGUUGAAAUCGCUAAUGUAGGAUAAAAGAGGUGGAGGCUUUGGGGGGAGUUUAAUGCGUGUCGUUGUGAUUAUCGUUGUUGUUGUGAUUUUAUCGUGAUUUUCUAAUUUUUGUUUUUAAGAUUUCUGAUUUUAGGGUUAUGGAGGAAUGAGGCUAAUUUUUAGUUUGACAUGAUGAUGUGUCGUAGCGUUGGGUUGGGUGGGGGUGUGAAAGAGGUGGGGGUGUGAGGAGCGAAGAUGUUUGCAAGGGGGGCAAAACGGUAAAUUGGGAAGAUCUAAUUUGUAGUUUGUGGAUAUAGUAGCGAGGGGACUUUAACAUCUCAAAGCUUUAUCAGGGGAACGGAGGAUUGGACUUUAUAAAUUGGCAGUUAUAUCCCAUGCA